CAGAUCCUAAAUAUGGAGAGGGUAUAUCUGCUUUGAAAGAAUAUUGUCCUCAUUUACUUGACGAAAAUGGAAAAACUGGAGAUCUAUGCUGUGACCCCACCCAAAUAAUCGGAAUCGCAGGUGGUUUUGCCAAAUCGACUCCUUUCAAAAGAUGCCCGUCGUGUGCCAAAAAUGUAUACAGUCUUUUUUGCGAUAUAUCUUGUAAUCCUAACCAAUCAGAAUUCGUGACACAUUAUAACUUCAAGCCGUCUACCAAAAAUUGGCCUCGACGGUACCUCACCGACUUCGAUUUGAACAUUUACGAAUCGACAAUGAAUAAAGUUUUCGAAUCAUGCAAAGAUGUUGCAAUGCCGUCUACAGGAGGUUUGGUUCUAGACAGCGCAUGUGGAACGAGCGGUAAAUGCACUCCACUACAAUUUUUUGCGUUUACGACCGAUCCAGCUACGAACCCCUUAACCGCAAUGAAGAUGAUCUUCCAUCCUGUAAAUGAGUCCGUAGUUGGAGCUGUGAAUGCAACAUCAUAUUCUUGUGACGAAGCUUGGCCAAAUUCCACUAGUUGCGGGUGUGUAGACUGCCCUGCCAAUUGCGAUACUAACUCAUUCAAUGCUAUCGACGACACAUUCUUGCUGUUUGGACAAUUUGAAAGCAUUUCCUUUGCUAUAUCAAUAUUAAUAUUAAUUAUGGGAUUAGCUACUACCGCAGCUACAAUAGUAUUCGGGAGCACGUUACGUGGAAUUUGUCGAUGUCGAAAAAUUGAUAGAUGUCCGGGAAUAAUGAAGAAAUAUGGAGACAAAAUCCACCAAAAUUUGGAAGAAGCAUUCUACAUUUUAGGCAGAGCUGUGGUGAUGAAUAGAUACAAAGUUUUGGCUGUGUGCGUUGUGGUGAUGGUAUCUUUAGCAACGGGCAGUAUCUUCUUAAAAGUGACUUCCGAUCCUGUGGAAUUAUGGUCUGCUCCAAAUAGUCGGUGUCGACAGGAAAAAAAAUUCUUCGAUGAGAAUUUCGGACCAUUUUACAGAUCGAGUCAAGUUUUUAUAAAAACUGUAGGAAUUGCACCGAUUCAAUUUGACUUAGAGAACGAAGGAGAAAUUACAUUAGGACCGGCAUUCAAUCAGACUUUUUUGAAUGAGGUAUUCCGGAUACAAAAACUAAUCGAAAAUAUAACUUUUGAAAAAACAAGGGAUGACGGAACAACAAUCACGCAAGGCCUGGAAAAUGUAUGUUAUGCCCCUCUGCGAACCAUUUAUUCAGAUGAACCAUCUAUCACUGAUUGUGUAGUUAUUUCUAUUUUGGGAUUGCUCGAGAAUAGUAUAGAAAAAUUCAAUUCCAAUAUAACUACAACUUACGAGACUAUUAUUAAGUGUUCUCGGGCACCUUAUAGCAUGGAUUGCAUAGCCCCAUAUGGAGGUCCAAUUCUGCCAGGACUAGCGUUAGGCGGAGCUUCCCGUGAGAAAGAAUAUUUGGAUGCUAUUGGUGUGACGCUUACUUUCCCAACUUCAAAUCAUAUGGAUAAAAAUGAACUCACCGACACUAUGAUGUGGAAAGAAAGAUUUAUAUCCCUAUUGAAAAAAUAUGAUGUCGAAGAACGACCAGAUUUCAUGGACAUUGCUUUCAAUGCCGAAAGAUCCAUCCAGGACGAAAUUGAAGAACUUUCGAAAUCCACUGCAUGGACAGUCAUAGUCAGCUAUUCAGCAAUGUUCGUUUAUAUAACAUUGUCAUUAGGGCAUAUAACGAGCUGUAAAAACUUUUUGUUUGAAUCGAGGAUAUCCCUGGCCUUUGGAGGAAUUAUAAUAGUCUUCAUCUCGGUGAUUUGUUCAAUAGGUGUUUUUGCAUUUUUUGGGAUAACAACCACCAUGAUAACAAUUGAAGUUAUACCGUUCUUGGUACUAGCAGUUGGAGUAGACAACAUAUUUAUUAUAGUUCAAACUUAUCAAAGAUCUAAGAGCAACAAUAAUGAUGUAGCAGAAUGUAUUGGACGAACAAUGAGCAAAGUUGGACCCAGUAUGGUGUUGACAAGUAUAUCGGAAAUACUUUGUUUCGGAAUAAGUUGCCUAUCGCCCAUGCCAGCUGUGCAUACAUUUGCUUUAUAUGCCACGUUAGCUGUUUUAUUGAAUUUCAUAUUUCAAAUAACAGCAUUCGUAGCUCUCCUAUCACUAGACGUGGAAAGGCAUCAGGCGAAUAGAAUGGAUUUGUUUUGCUGUAUCAAAACCGAUAAUCCUCAAGAUGGUAACUCUUCCAGCCUAUUGCAGAAGUUUUGGAUCAAUUACUACACAUCAUUCAUAAUGAAAUAUCCCGUGAGAUGCAUCAUCAUGUUGUUUUUCACGUUGAGUUUAUGUGCUUCAAUCCUGGUAAGCUCCUGGAUAGAUAUUGGGCUAGAUCAGAAAUUGACGAUGCCUCAAGGAAGCCAUGUCCUUAAAUAUUUUGAGUUCAUGGAAAGCAUGCUGGGAGUGGGUGCACCUGUUUAUUGGGUGACGAAAGGACCGAUAGACUACUUCGAUCCAGAUAUUUACAAAAAAAUGUGCGGAGGUUCCAAUUGUUCGCCGGGUUCUAUAAGCACUCAACUAUAUUUAGCAGCAAGGCAGGGUAACAUCACAUAUUUGUCAACUCAGGCAAGUUCCUGGUUGGACGAUUUCAAGGAAUGGGGAGACAGCGAAACUUGCUGCAAAUAUUUCAAAUCGACCGGAUAUUUUUGCCCUCACACUUACGGCUCAGACCAGUGUGAACAUUGUAAUUUUAAUUCGAUGAAUAUGACUCAGUACGAAUACUUCAGGAGAUAUCUGCCCCAUUUCCUCAACGACAAUCCUGAUCCGACUUGUCCUAAAGGAGGGCAUGGUCCUUAUGCAGGGGGGAUGAACUACGUCACUGAUGAAAAUGGAAUUUCUACCGUAAUAACGUCUAAUAUUAUGUCAUACCAUACUGUAGCGACAACUUCUUCACAAUUUAUAGGAGCGUUGAAAUACGCCAGAUACAUUGCAGAAAAUUUGACAAAAACCAUCAACAUUCCAGGUGUUGAAAUAUUUCCAUACGGGGUGUUCUACGUAUACUACGAACAAUACCUAACGAUUUGGGCUGACACUUUGAUGUCCUUGGCAUAUGCAGUUAUUGGUGUUUUUGUAACUCACAUGAUCUUCACUGGAUUCAACAUUUUCUCUUCUGCGACUGUUACUGUCACUGUCAUUAUGACAGUUGCUCAUAUGAUGGGUCUGAUGUGGGCGUGGAAUAUAUCACUGAAUGCCAUUUCUCUGGUGAACCUAGUCAUGAGUGUUGGAAUUGGUGUCGAAUUUUGCGGUCAUAUUGUACAUUCUUUUGUACACUCCACGAAGGAAGAUCCGACAGACAGAGCUGCUGAUGCCUUGGGUGAUAUGGGGAGUAAGGUAUUCAGUGGUAUUACUUUAACCAAAUUUGUUGGAAUCACUAUCCUUGCCUUCGCAGAUUCUCAAGUAUUCCGAGUAUUUUACUUCAGGAUGUACAUGGGCAUUGUCGUGAUUGGAGCGCUACACGGACUUGUAUUUUUACCAGCUCUGUUGAGUUUUCUGGGUAUGUUGAAAUAUCCCACCAUCAAGUUGUUAAAAGAAUGAAACUGCAAAGAGAAUAAUGCAUCCAGUGUCAAAUAAAUCAAUUCAAAAUCGAACAUGAGCAAUAAGAACUACUUGGUACUGAAAGUGAACUAACAAAAAGAAAUAUUUCUUUUUAUGUUUAUGUUAAGUUUCAAAGGUGUUUUCCUUCGAUCGUGAAUAUGCUAUUAAUUUUUCUGUAGGCAUGUUGCCAUUUGACUUUAGCCAUGAAUAAAAAUUUGUAAUCUUGAGGUUA